AUGCACUUCCAUGAGCUUAAAGGCUUCAAAAAUCCCAGCAUCCUUCCCAUCCCAAUCAUAACCACCAACACCGCAAUUGUCCCCAUGUCUCUAACCAUGAACCCACGCUCGAUCCGCACUAAGAAUUUUUACGAUCUCCCUAGGGGUAUAGCAGUCCAUAUUUUUAGCUUUCUCCCCCUGACUGCCCUCCUCGGUGCUCAACUGGUCAGCAAACGUUUCUACGUCCUCACGAGCGGGGAGGAAUUUAAACAUUGUUUUUUCCUCUCGCCACCAUUAUCGUCCCUAUUACCAAGCACGGAGGUAUUUCUUCAUCCAGUCUUCGGCAGGCUUAACUUUUCCGCCUACCACUCUCCGAAAGUCAUCAGGAUUGGGGAGGACCUGGAUAGUCUCAGCCUUUACAAAGCAAAGGUCGGCAAGCAGUUUGCAACCUAUCCCGCCUUGAAGAAUGUAGUUCUUAGGGUACUCUCAGGGGGAAUUUGGUCGUUUUCGACAGAAAUCAAAGUGGAGAAUGAUGAUGGGGUUACUGUAUGGGACGUUAUCAAUGAGUCUACAACCUUUUCGAACGAAAGCUUCAAGAGUUACACAAAGGUUAGCUUUGCAGACCAUUUUGGUCUUGAUGUCUGUGAAGAGCGUGGCUACGAUCCCAAGGUUCUUAUGCAGAACUAUGACUUCCUCGACCCUAAGAUGUCCUUCCCUAAAAUCUUAUUCAUUGAUCGCAACAGCAAAAAUACAAUUAUUGCAGAUUAUGAAUUCAACAAGUUUGCAUCUCUACCACUCAUCAAACGCCCGGCAGAUUGGGAUAUUGGUGAUAAUGAUACUGCUGAAAACGGCUACGAAAUGAAAGUGCAAGAGGCCUAUGAAAUUACGUCAUGUAUAGGUAUUGGCGAGGGUGAGGAGUUGGUAAACGCUCAGGAGGUGGAAAAAUCCAGAGAGACUGAUUUAAAGGACGAUGAAAGGAGGGAAGAACUACCCGCCUCCGCAUUAAGUACUGCUGGAACCGAGUCUAUGGAUAUAGCUGGUGGGGUUUUGUCUGCCACUGUGAAGGAAUCCUUGACCUUGGAAAAUAUUAGUCAAGAUACCCUCGCGCCACAGCGUGAGAAAGAGAUGGCCUUGGAAUCUCUAGGUGGCGCCUCCAUUGAGAUUGGCAAUAGGGCAACAGUUCUCGAGAGCCUUACCCUCGAAGGCCACAAAACCCAAGACAGUGAUUCUUAUACAACCGAGGAGUCUACUUGCCAGGUUGCGGGGUCCACGCCGCUGAUAUACGAAAUUGAGUCGGGGGCGAUACAGGUUGAUCUCACACCCGAAAAGAAAGUUCUAUCACCUAUUCGGGAUGACACGUGUGAGCCUAAUAUUCUAAAUAUUACGCCUCCUCAAACUCUUCAUACACUAAAACCCGACCUCCCUGAAAUUAACAUUGACGCUGGCAACGAGGACGAUGGCAAUCUCGACAUCGCAUCAGGUAAAACCUGGACUGUUAUGGAGGAGGAAUCGGACGAUUGGGAAGAUGCAUUUGCUUAG